GCAGGCCGGGCCGCACCGGAGCCCCGCGUCCGCCCGCGCCCCGCCCGAGCCGUGCGCCCGCGCCGUGCGCCCCGCGAUGCGCUCCAAGUUGCGGGCCGGGGACCCUGGGCAGGCGCCCUAGGAGGCGGCGGCGGGAGGAUCGCGCCCCGGCUGGAGGCCGGGCCUGCUGCGCGCCCCCAGCCCGUUCGGCACCGCCACUUGCCUGAGCGCCCGGGCGGCCCGAGCGCGCCCCGGGCCCGGGCGCCGCCGCCGCCACCUCAGCGAGGUUCCCGGCCUCUUUGAGGACUCGGCGCCGCUGGAGGCCGUUUCUGGUUCCUGUGACACGGUGGCUCGUGAGCAGAUGAGGAGGACUGGCUUUUAACCCGGGUCGCCUCGAGAGGGAGAGCAUUGGGGCCCCAGAGCCCCCAGACGCCCGCCGCCAUGUCGGGAUCCACGCAGCCUGUGGCGCAGACGUGGAGGGCCACCGAGCCCCGCUACCCACCCCACGGCCUUUCCUACCCUGUGCAGAUCGCCCGGCCCCACGCGGACGUCGGGCUGCUGGAGUACCAGCACCACCCCCGUGACUACAGCUCUCACCUGCCGCCCGGCUCCAUCCUCCAGCCCCAGAGGAGAAGGCCCUCCCUGCUGUCUGAGUUUCAGCCUGGGAACGAAAGGUCCCAGGAGCUCCACUUGCGACCUGAGUCCCACUCGUACCUGCCCGAGCUGGGCAAGUCAGAGAUGGAGUUCAUUGAGAGCAAGCGCCCUCGCCUGGAGCUGCUGCCGGACCCCCUGCUGCGGCCCUCGCCCCUGCUGGCUGCGGGCCAGCCCGGGGGCUCGGAGGACCUGUCCAAGGACCGCAGCCUGGCAGGCAAGCUGGAGCCCGUGUCCCCCCCGAGCCCGCCGCACGCCGACCCCGAGCUGGAGCUCGUCCCCCCGCGGCUCUCCAAGGAGGAGCUGAUCCAGAACAUGGACCGGGUGGACCGCGAGAUCACCAUGGUGGAGCAGCAGAUCUCCAAGCUGAAGAAGAAGCAGCAACAGCUGGAGGAGGAGGCCGCCAAGCCCCCGGAGCCCGAGAAGCCCGUGUCGCCGCCGCCCACCGAGUCAAAGCAUCGCAGCCUGGUGCAGAUCAUCUACGACGAAAACCGGAAGAAGGCGGAAGCUGCACAUCGGAUUCUGGAAGGCCUGGGGCCUCAGGUGGAGCUGCCGUUGUACAACCAGCCAUCCGACACCAGGCAGUAUCAUGAGAACAUCAAAAUAAACCAGGCGAUGCGGAAAAAGUUAAUCUUGUACUUCAAGAGGAGGAACCACGCUCGGAAACAAUGGGAGCAGAAGUUCUGCCAGCGCUAUGACCAGCUCAUGGAGGCCUGGGAGAAGAAGGUGGAGCGCAUCGAGAGCAACCCCCGGCGGCGCGCCAAGGAGAGCAAGGUGCGCGAGUACUACGAGAAGCAGUUCCCUGAGAUCCGCAAGCAGCGCGAGCUGCAGGAGCGCAUGCAGAGCAGGGUGGGCCAGCGGGGCAGCGGGCUCUCCAUGUCGGCCGCCCGCAGCGAGCACGAGGUGUCCGAGAUCAUCGACGGCCUCUCCGAGCAGGAGAACCUGGAGAAGCAGAUGCGCCAGCUGGCUGUGAUCCCUCCAAUGCUGUACGACGCUGAGCAGCAGCGCAUCAAGUUCAUCAACAUGAACGGGCUCAUGGACGACCCCAUGAAGGUGUACAAAGACCGCCAGGUCAUGAACAUGUGGAGCGAGCAGGAGAAGGAGACCUUCCGGGAGAAGUUCAUGCAGCACCCCAAGAACUUCGGCCUGAUCGCAUCGUUCCUGGAGAGGAAGACUGUGGCCGAGUGUGUCCUCUAUUACUACCUGACCAAGAAGAACGAGAACUAUAAGAGCCUGGUGAGGAGGAGCUACCGGCGACGCGGCAAGAGCCAGCAGCAGCAGCAGCAGCAGCAGCAGCAGCAGCAGCAGCAGAUGCCCCGGAGCGGCCAGGAGGAGAAGGAGGAGAAGGACAAGGACAAGGAGGCCGAGAAGGAGGAGGAGAAGCCCGACGUGGAGAACGACAAGGAGGAGCUGAUCAAGGAGAAGACGGACGACACCUCUGGGGAGGACAACGAUGAGAAGGAGGCCGUGGCCUCUAAAGGCCGAAAAACUGCCAAUAGCCAGGGAAGACGCAAAGGCCGCAUCACCCGCUCGAUGGCCAACGAGGCCAACAGCGAGGAGGCCGUCACCCUGCAGCAGGGCGCCGAGCUUGCUUCGAUGGAGAUGAAUGAGAGCUCGCGCUGGACAGAAGAGGAGAUGGAGACCGCCAAGAAAGGCCUUCUGGAACACGGCCGGAACUGGUCGGCCAUCGCGCGGAUGGUGGGCUCCAAGACCGUGUCUCAGUGUAAGAACUUCUACUUCAACUACAAGAAGAGGCAGAACCUGGAUGAAAUCCUGCAGCAGCACAAGCUGAAGAUGGAGAAGGAGAGGAAUGCGCGGAGGAAGAAGAAGAAAGCCCCGGCUGCCACCAGUGAGGAGGCUGCCUUCCCGCCUGUGGUGGAGGACGAGGAGAUGGAGGCGUCGGGCGCGAGCGGGAAUGAAGAGGAGAUGGCAGAGGAGGCUGAAGCCUUACACGCCUCUGGGAACCAGGUGCCCAGAGGGGAAUGCGGUGGCCCAGCCACCGUCAACAACAGUUCUGACACCGAGAGCAUCCCCUCUCCCCGCGCCGAGGCCGCCAAGGACUCGGGGCAGAACGGGCCUAAGCCCCCACCCGCCCCCAGCGCCGACGCACCAGCCCCUGAGCCACCCACGCCGCCGCCGGAGGACGCGCUGGCCCCGGCAGAGCCUGCCCCCACCCCUUCAGCCACCGGCCCUCCCCCGCCCCCGCCAGCACCCCCGUCGCCCACUGCACCCCCUCCUGUGGUCCCCAAGGAGGAGAAGGAAGAGGAGGUGGCCACAGUCCCCCUGGUGGUGGAGGAGGAGGAGCAGAAGCCCCCUGUGGCCCAGGAGCUGUCUGUGGACGUGGACAUGGACGUGGGCAAGCCAGCAGAGCCGGCCGAGGCAGCCCCCACAGAGCCCGUCAAGAGUGAAUGCGAAGAGGAAGCCUCGGAGGAUGGGCCCCCCAAGGGCAAGGGAGUCCCGGAGGCCAGUGCAGAGGCAGCGCCCGAGGGGCCUGUCAAGGUGGAGAAGAGAGAGGCCAGCGGCCCUGGGGGCAAAGCCCCCACGACCAAGGGCGCGGGUGCCCCCCAGGACAGCGACUCCAGUGCCACUUGCAGCGCAGAUGAGGUGGACGAGCCCGAGGGCGGUGACAAGAACAGGCUGCUGUCACCACGGCCCAGCCUCCUCACCCCCACCAGUGACACCAGGACCAACGCCUCCCCGCAGAAGCCGCUGGACCUGAAGCAGCUGAAGCAGCGGGCGGCUGCCAUACCCCCGAUCCAGGUCACCAAAGUCCAUGAGCCCCCCCGGGAGGACGCGGCUCCCCCGGCCCCCCCCCCACCACAGCACCUGCAGCUGGAGAACGACGCCCCCCAGCAGCCCAGCAACAGCCCUCGAGGCAAAAGCAGGAGCCCUGUGCCUCCUUCCGAGAAGGAGGCAGAGAAGCCUGUGUUCUUCUCGGCCUUUGCACCUGAGGGCCAGAAGCUGCCCACAGAGCCUCCGUGCUGGACGUCAGGCCUGCCCUUCCCCGUGCCCCCUCGAGAGGUGAUCAAGGCCUCCCCGCACACCCCUGACCCCUCGGCCUUUUCCUACGCCCCGCCUGGUCACCCACUGCCCCUGGGCCUCCAUGACAGUGCCCGGCCUGGCCUGCCUCGCCCACCCGCCAUCUCCAACCCGCCGCCCCUCAUCUCCUCCACUAAGCACCCCAGCGUCCUCGAGAGGCAAAUGAGCGCCAUCUCCCAGGGAGUGUCGGUGCAGCUCCACGUCCCUUACUCAGAGCACGCCAAGGCCCCCGUGGGCCCCAUCACCAUGGGGCUGCCCCUUGCCAUGGACCCUAAGAAGCUGGCGCCCUUCAGCGGAGUGAAGCAGGAGCAGCUGUCCCCACGGGGCCAGGCUGGGCCACCGGAGAGCCUGGGGGUGCCCACGGCCCAGGAGACAUCCGUGCUGAGAGGGACAUCUCUGGGCUCCGUUCCAGGAGGAAGCAUCACCAAGGGCAUUCCCAGCACGCGGGUGCCUUCUGAGAGCCCCAUCACGUACCGCGGCUCCAUCACCCACGGCACACCGGCCGACGUCCUGUACAAAGGCACCAUCACCAGGAUCAUCGGCGAGGACAGCCCGAGUCGUCUGGACCGCAGCCGGGAGGACAACCUGCCCAAGGGCCACGUCAUCUACGAGGGCAAGAAGGGCCACGUCCUGUCCUACGAGGGUGGCAUAUCCGUGUCCCAGUGCUCCAAGGAGGACGGCAGGAGCAGCUCCGGGCCCCCUCAUGAGACGGCCGCCCCCAAGCGCACCUACGACAUGAUGGAGGGCCGCGUCAGCAGGGCCAUGUCCUCCGCCAGUAUUGAAGGUCUCAUGGGCCGUGCCAUCCCGCCUGAGCGACACAGCCCGCACCACCUCAAGGAGCAGCACCACAUCCGAGGCUCCAUCACACAAGGGAUCCCGCGGGCCUACGUGGAGGCGCAGGAAGACUACCUCCGCCGGGAGGCCAAGCUCCUAAAGCGCGAGGGCACACCGCCGCCGCCGCCACCCCCACGAGACCUGGCUGAGGCCUACAAGGCCCGGCCCCUAGAGGCCCUGGGCCCCCUGAAGCUGAAGCCGGCGCACGAGGGGCUGGUGGCCACGGUGAAGGAGGCCGGCCGCUCCAUCCACGAGAUUCCCCGGGAAGAGCUGCGGCGCACGCCUGAGCUGCCCCUGGGCCCACGGCCGCUCAAGGAGGGCUCCAUCACGCAGGGCACCCCGCUCAAAUAUGACACUGGCGCGUCCUCCUCCGGCUCCAAGAAGCACGACGUGCGCUCCAUCAUCGGCAGCCCCGGCCGCACGUUCCCGCCGGUGCACCCGCUGGACGUGAUGGCUGAUGCCCGGGCCCUGGAGCGCGCCUGCUACGAAGAGAGCCUGAAGGGCCGUCCGGGGGCAGCCGGCAGCUCUGGAGGCUCCAUCACCCGGGGGGCCCCGGUCAUCGUGCCUGAGCUGGGCAAGCCGCGCCAGAGCCCCCUGACCUACGAGGAACAUGGGGCGCCCUUCGCUGGCCACCUGCCACGCGGCUCGCCGGUGACCACACGGGAGCCCACGCCGCGCCUGCAGGAGGGCAGCCUCUCGUCUAGCAAGGCGUCCCAGGACCGGAAGCUGACGUCGACGCCCCGGGAGAUCGCCAAGUCGCCCCACAGUGCCAUGCCUGAGCACCACCCGCACCCCAUCUCACCCUACGAGCACCUGCUUCGUGGCGUGAGCGGCGUGGACCUGUACCGUGGCCACAUCCCCCUGGCCUUCGAUCCCUCCUCCAUACCCCGCGGGAUCCCUCUCGAUGCAGCCGCGGCCUAUUACCUGCCCCGACACCUGGCCCCCAACCCCACCUACCCGCACCUGUACCCGCCAUACCUCAUCCGCGGCUACCCCGACACGGCAGCGCUGGAGAACCGCCAGACAAUCAUCAAUGACUACAUCACGUCACAGCAGAUGCACCACAACGCGGCCAGCGCCAUGGCCCAGCGGGCCGACAUGCUGAGGGGCCUCUCGCCCCGCGAGUCCUCGCUGGCCCUCAACUACGCCGCCGGGCCUCGAGGCAUCAUUGACUUGUCCCAAGUGCCACACCUCCCCGUGCUGGUGCCCCCGACGCCGGGCACACCGGCUGCCGCCAUGGACCGCCUCGCCUACCUCCCCGCUGCGCCCCAGCACCUCAGUGGCCGGCUCAGCAGCUCCCCACUCUCCCCAGGGGGUCCCACUCACUUGACAAAACCCACCACCACCUCCUCGUCUGAGAGGGAGCGGGAACGCGACCGCGAGCGCGACCGCGAGCGCGAGAAGCCCGUCCUCGCGUCCACCACCACCGUGGAGCAUGCGCCCAUCUGGAGACCCGGUACAGAGCAGAGCAGCGGCGGCAGUGGCGGAGGGGGUGGGGGCGGCAGCAGCGGCCGCCCUACCCCCCACUCCCACCAGCACUCGCCUAUGUCACCCCGGGCCCAGGACGCCGUCCAGCAGAGACCCAGCGUGCUGCACAACACGGGCAUGAAGGGCAUCCUCACCUCCGUGGAGCCCAGCACGCCCACGGUCCUGAGGUGGGCCAGGUCCACCUCCACCUCCUCACCUGUCCGCCCGGCCGCCACAUUCCCACCCACCACCCACUGUCCUCUGGGUGGCACCCUCGACGGGGUCUACCCCACCCUCAUGGAGCCUGUCUUGUUGCCCAAGGAGGCCCCAAGGGUCGCCCGGCCUGAGCGGCCCCGAGCCGACGCUGGCCACACCUUCCUUGCCAAGCCCCCGGCCCGCUCUGGGCUGGAGCCCUCCUCCUCCCCCAGCAAGGGCUCUGAGCCACGGCCCCUGGCGCCCCCCGGCUCCAGCCACACGGCCAUCGCCCGCACCCCAGCCAAGAGCCUCGCACCCCACCACGCCAGCCCGGACCAGCCUGCGCCGCCCGCCUCAGCUGCGGACCUGCACCGGGAAAAGACUCAAAGUAAACCCUUUUCCAUCCAGGAAUUGGAGCUUCGUUCUCUGGGUAAGACCACCCUGACAGCGGCCACCUUCAUAGACGCGAUAAUCAUGCGUCAAAUUGCUCACGAUAAAGGGCCGCGAGAAGGAGGUUCGCUGGCCAACGACUCCCCUCGCGAUGGUUACCACGGCGGCAGCUACAGCCCCGAUGGAGUGGAGCCCGUCAGCCCCGUGAGCUCCCCCAGCCUGGCCCAUGACAAGGGGCUCCCCAAGCACCUUGAGGAGCUCGACAAGAGCCACCUGGAGGGGGACCUGCGGCACAAGCAGCCAGGCCCUGGGAAGCUCGGUGGCGAGGCUGCGCACCUCCCACACCUGCGGCCACUGCCUGAGAGCCAGCCGUCGUCCAGCCCGCUGCUCCAGACCACCCCUGGGGUCAAAGGUCACCAGAGAGUGGUCACCCUGGCCCAGCACAUCAGUGAGGUCAUCACGCAGGAUUACACGCGGCACCACCCACAGCAGCUGAGCGCACCCCUCCCGGCCCCCCUCUACUCCUUCCCUGGAGCCAGCUGCCCCGUCCUGGACCUGCGCCGCCCACCCAGCGAUCUCUAUCUCCCGCCCCCGGACCACGGUGCCCCAGCUCGUGGCUCGCCCCACAGUGAGGGGGGCAAGAGGUCUCCAGAGCCAAGCAAGACGUCCGCCCUGGGCAGCAGUGAGGACGCCAUCGAACCCGUGUCCCCACCAGAGGGCAUGGCGGAGCCCGGGCAUCCCCGGAGCACCAUGUACCCGCUGCUGUACCGAGACGGGGACCAGGUGGAGCCCAGCAGAAUGGGCUCCAAAUCUCCAGGCAACAGCAGCCAGCCGCCGGCCUUCUUCAGCAAACUGACCGAGAGCAACUCCGCCAUGGUCAAGUCCAAGAAGCAGGAGAUCAACAAGAAGCUGAACACCCACAACCGGAACGAGCCGGAAUACAAUAUCGGCCAGCCCGGAACGGAGAUCUUCAACAUGCCCGCCAUCACCGGAGCAGGCCUUAUGACCUGCAGAAGCCAGGCGGUGCAGGAGCAUGCCAGCACCAACAUGGGGCUGGAGGCCAUUAUUAGAAAGGCGCUCAUGGGUAAAUAUGAUCAGUGGGAGGAGCCCCCGCUCAGCGCCAAUGCUUUUAACCCUCUGAAUGCCAGUGCCAGCCUGCCCGCUGCUAUGCCCAUAACCGCUGCUGACGGACGGAGCGAACACGCACUCACCUCGCCAGGUGGUGGUGGGAAGGCCAAAGUCUCUGGCAGACCCAGCAGCCGAAAAGCCAAGUCCCCGGCCCCGGGCCUGGCGUCCGGGGACCGGCCGCCCUCUGUCUCCUCGGUGCACUCGGAGGGGGACUGUAACCGCCGGACCCCACUCACCAACCGCGUGUGGGAGGACCGGCCCUCAUCCGCAGGUUCCACGCCAUUUCCCUACAACCCCCUGAUCAUGCGGCUGCAGGCGGGUGUCAUGGCCUCCCCGCCCCCACCCGGACUCCCCACGGGCAGUGGGCCCCUCGCUGGUCCCCACCACGCCUGGGACGAGGAGCCCAAGCCACUGCUCUGUUCACAGUACGAGACACUCUCCGACAGCGAGUGACCGUCAGAACGGGCUGGGGGGGCGGCGCCAGGGCCCAGCCAGUGGCCAGAGCAGCCGGGCAAGGAGGGGGCAGCUGCCGACCCCCCCCAACUGAGGAAGGAGCCCCUGAGUCUGCCUGCGCACCUGUCAGUCCAUCCGUCCAGAGCCGGCAUCCUUGCCUGUCUAAAGCCUUAACUACGACCCCCGCCCCGGGCUGGCCCUGUGCAGUGACCUUACUCAGGGGACGUUUACCUGGUGCUCGGGAGGGGACGGGCCAGGGAGGGGGCGCGGCGGUGUGCGAUGGCCACACACACGCAGCCGGGGCGGCCAGGGACCCAAAGCAGGACGACCGCGCACCUCCCGCGCCACCGCCUUCCCCCAACACAUUUGGAACCAAAGUCUAAACUGAGCUAGCAAGCCCCCGCACCCUCCCUCCGUCCCCAUCCCCCUUACCGCUCUGGACAGACGGACACAGGCCCUGUCCAGCCCCCAGCGCUCCCGUCCGGGUCCCCACGGACCGCCCCAGUCCGCGAGACCGCUGCGAGCCCAGUGAGGCCAGAUGGGCGGGCGAGAGGGCCGGGCGGGGUCUGGGGCGAGCAGAGGCCCCGAGGAACUGGACUGUGUCCUCGCGGCGGCCGCGGCGGGAAGGAAAGGCAGGGGUAGGCGAUGUGUUGGUUUACAGGGUAUAUUUUUGAUACCUUUGAUGAAUUAGUUCAGAUGUUUUACGCAAGGAAGGACUUGACCCAGUAUUAUUGCUGCUGCGCUUUCCAUCUCUGCUUACCGUUCAAGGGGCGUGUGCAGGCCGCCAGUCAGUGAGCCCAUCGUCCGUGGGCCUGAGGGGACCGGGGCUGCCGGCUCGUGAGCGCCCGUCACCCUCCCCCCCCCGGCCCUCCUCGGGCAGAAGGAAUCUGAUGGGUGUUCUGUGACCGCCAUCUGCGCACGGCGGUGGCGUUCUGUCAUUUACACACGUUGUUCUCAUUAAAAAGCGAAAUAUACUCAAGUUA